AAAAUAAGAGUGUUAUUAGAUAAAAACCUUAUGUGAAUCAAGCAAAAGAAAAAACAAGUAUUUGAAAUCGUGUAGAGCAGUGAUUUUUGAUGAGAAUUUUUAUUAUAUAUUAUACACCUUUAAUUGUGACACAAUUCGAAUUAUUAGAAGCUUGUCCAAAACCAUAGUUAUAUCUCAAAUAUUUAAUGUUUACAUGAUUAAAGUAAAACAUUAAAAGGUUUUGUAGUGAAAAUACUUUAGUUUUAACAGUUUUGAAAGCAUAUACAAUGAAUUCCACGAACAUGUAAAAUGUAUCAAGAGAAAAAGAGAAGAAGAUUAAAUAUCUGAAGAAAGAGAUAACAUUACGUCUGAGCAUCUGAAAAGCAUAUCACCGAGUGUAUUGUAGAGAUCUCGGAUCACAAUAUAAGCAGGAAUUAAUAUACUUUCUCUAUAUAAUGCAUCUAGUUUUUCUAUUUAUUCGGCCUUUUGGCGGACAAGAAAUUUUGCGAGAAAGGAACUAAACAAACUUUUUGUACACUGAAGAAAAUGGAUCAUUCUCAUAUAAUCAAAACUAUAACGGGUUACAAUGUUGUUUUAAAUGAUGAUAACAUUUCAACAACGAGACCAGAGCUCUAUCAAAAGUGCAAUCGUAAUUCACAUUCAAGUUGUCAUUCAAGUGACACGAGUUCAGCUUAUAGUGGAUCAGAUACAAUGACUUCGAUCCACAGCUCUUCAAUUGACGCUGAAGAAGUUGAUUUAUCGGGACUUGUUGAGAGUGUUGUCGACUCCGAUGAAGAAGAUCUCGUUGAAUCAAUGGAAAAUGCCAAUAUUCGCGACACUGUCCGUGAUUGUUUGGAAAAAGAUCCAACUGAAAGAAGUGACACUGAUGUCGAAGUUCUUCUUGGAUUCACACAAAAUUUGAAAGCAUUUACAAACAUGACAUUAACAGUGAAGCGUUCUUUAUGUUCAGUUCUGGUGUUUGCUGUUGUAGAGAAAGCUGGGACAGUUGUUAUGAACGAUGGAGAAGAAUUAGAUUCAUGGAGUGUCCUUAUAAAUGGUAUUGUAGAAGUAGAGCAUCCAGGAGGAGCAACUGAACAACUUCAAUAUGGAGACUCAUUCGGUAUUGCACCGACUAUGGAGAAAUCUUAUCACAAUGGAAUCAUGCGAACUAAAACUGACGAUUGUCAAUUUGUUUGCAUAACUCAAACAGAUUAUUAUCGUAUUCUCAAUGAAGGUGAAGGAAAUAUUCGAAAGCACGAAGAAAAUGGUCAAGUUGUGAUUGUCACUGAAUUGAGAAAGACUGAAAAUGCAGGAAAACGUGAGCCAGUUGUUAUUCGAGGCACACCAGAACGGUUAAUGCUUCAUUUAAUUGAAGAAAAUUCAAUCAAUGAUCCGACUUAUGUUGAAGAUUUUCUGCUCACUCAACGGACAUUCUUUGAGUCUCAAAUUCAAGUAGCAAAUCAACUUCUCGAAUGGUUUCGGUCAGAAGAAAUCAUCGACGAUUUAAAGCCUCCAAUUACAGAUGGACUAUUGUCAUCAUCUUCCUAUAUUGACGUCAAAUAUCGAGUUGCACGUGUCGUCAUAUUAUGGGUUAAUAAUUACUUUACCGACUUUGAAACUGACUCACAAAUGAUGGAAUUUCUUGAAGUUUUCGAAUUGGAAUUGGAAAGAUUCAACAUGUUAGAGGAAUUAAAAUUGCUUCAUGUUGCUCAUACACAUAAAGCCAGAACGCGAACAAUAACAUUGACACGCAGCUCAAGAAAUGAAGAAUUGCAUUUUAAGAUUAUAGGUGGAUACGAAAAAGGUGGCGGAAUAUUCAUAUUGGAAGUUGAAAAGAACUCGAAAUCAAGUGAUAUGGGAUUAAGAAGGGGAGAUCAAAUUUUGGAAGUGAAUGGACAAAAUUUUGAGCAUGUUUCACAUGCUAGAGCGAUGGAAAUUUUAACAGGAACAACACAUUUGAGUGUUGCAGUAAAAAGUAAUUUGCUUGUUUUCCGUGAACUUUUAAACUCAACGAGUCGAAACUCUCCGAGGUUGAAAACAAAAAUGAAAAUUGCAUCUGAUUUAGCGAAAUUACAAGCCACAGAUACCAGAGUGAGAUUAUCUUCGAUAGACUUGUUAACGUCCAAUCACGACGUUACAGACAAUGUGGCAGAUCCUUUACUCAAAUAUUCAAGCUUCCUUCCAAAGCCAGCCACAAAAUUUACUCAUGACAAUCAAUCGAAAGUGAGUGGAGGACAAAUGAGUAACAUUCAUAAAGGUGGUAGCUUCAUGACAUUGGGACCAAAGAAAAGGAUUCAAAAAGCACUUCAAAAGCUCAAUCUCUUACCAAAGAAUACAUUUGUUGAUUCACCAACAGGUUGUGGACCAGAUGAAGAUGAUGCAAGUAGUGGAUUCUUAACAGCAACUCCAGCUUCGUCGUCAUCGUCAUCAUCAUCAUCGGCAACGACAACAGCUAAAAAUACAAACACGGCGACUACAUCAUCAGUAGACGGUGAAUCUGAAAGCGGUGUUGAGUCGAAUAUUAUUGACGAGCCAAAUUUAGACGAUGAAAAGAUUUUGGAUGAUGAACUUCAAUGUAAUAACAACCUGAGAAAGUCGAUAACAGCCUCAACGACAACAAUAACAACAAUGGCUUCAGUUUCAUCUGGUGGAAGUACAGGGACCAGUUCGAGCAAUAAUGCCAACUUUUAUCCUCAUUCUGACUCUCAACAACAAGAGAUGGCGAUGUUUUACGAUGAUAUUAGAUCAGCUGAUUAUCCUGAGCAUGUGUUGAAAGUCUUUAAACCUGAUCAAACUUACAAAUUUCUGCUAAUUCACAAAGAAACAACAGCACAUGAAGUUGUCAUGUUAGCACUACAAGAAUUCGGCAUUCAUGAUCCAAGUUCAAACUUUUCACUUUGUGAAGUGAGUGUAGGUGAAGGUGGAAUGAUCAAGCAACGUCGCUUACCUGAACAAUUACAAAAUUUAGCUGAAAGAAUUGGUCUUAGUUCUCGUUAUUAUUUGAAGACAAAUGGCAUAACCGAAACUCUUGUUCCUGAUGAAAUGGCAUCGGAUUUAGUUCGUGAAAAUAAUGUUCACUUUUUGCAAUUGAAUCCAAACGAGAUGGCAAUUCAACUUACCAAUCAAGAUUUCCAAAUAUUCCGUCAAAUUGAAUCGACAGAAUAUAUCGACGAUUUGUUCUCAAUUAAAAGCAAAUACGGAACGCCAAUGUUGAAUAAGUUUGCUGAGCUUGUGAAUAAUGAAAUGUUUUGGGUUGUUGGUGAGAUUUGUCGAGAGACAAACAUCAUGAGACGAUCAAAAAUCAUCAAGCAAUUUAUAAAGAUUGCAAGGCAUUGCAAAGAAUGUAAGAAUUUCAAUUCAGUCUUUGCCAUCAUUUCAGGCUUAGGUCAUGCUUCGAUUUCAAGAUUACGUUUGACAUGGGAAAAGCUUCCAACCAAAUAUCAAAAAUUAUUUAAUGAUCUGCAAGAUCUGAUGGACCCAUCAAGAAACAUGUCGAAAUAUCGGCAACUUGUUGCAAUGGAAAUGCAACAGAAGCGUUCAUUGAUUCCCUUUUAUCCCGUUGUGAAAAAAGAUUUAACAUUCAUUCAUCUGGGAAAUGACUCAAGAAUUGACGGACUUAUCAAUUUUGAAAAGCUUCGAAUGAUAUCGAAGGAAGUUCGAAGCUUAAUGGACAUGUGUAGUUCACCAACGCCUUAUAUGGAUAGUAUUCUCAAAAUGUUAGACAUAAAAAAUCAGCCAAAUGCUGCAAUGACAGCACUCAACCAAUUCAAUCAAUUCACAACAUCAAUCGGUCAAACAAUUGCUACAAACAUCAUCCAGCAUGGAUCAGCGACAGUUAAACGAAGGAAGAAGUCAGCAGCAACUCCGAAUCCAAAGAAAAUGUUUGAAGAAGCUCAGAUGGUUCGAAAAGUCAAAGCAUAUCUCAACAAUAUUGAAAUCAUCAAAGAUGAAGAGAAAUUGCAUCUCAUGUCAUUAGAAUGCGAACCAGCAAUUGUUAUUUCAGCGCCAAAUUCCGUCACCAUAAGAAAACGUCAUCCGUCCCCAACACUCUCUACAACAAGCAGUACGAGUAGUAAAAGUGAUGGAAUGAAAGCAGUCGGACCAAAAUUCGGCACAGCAUCACCACAAGCUGUUAAGAAAAUUCUCUCACUUGCUGAAAAUUCUAAAACUCGGCCUCAUCAAACGGUGAGACUUGGAAUGAAUGUUCCACCACAACAUACUUCUGGAAUUCCAUAUCAACACAAUUUGACAUAUCACACAAAUCUCAGUCCAUCACCUUCGCCUGGAUCGCAUCGUCGAAUUGCAUCUUCAACAGGAUCAACAGCAUGGCAGCCUCUACAUUGCUUUGCAAACACAAACGUUACCGGAAAGUUUGUUCAUGAAAGAUCACAUUCUGAUACACCCACGCCAUUACCUUCUGUUGAUUUGUCAGCUGAAAGCAGUUCUGUAACUUCAUUAAGCAACAUGCCGGCAAGAAAAAAUCAUGGAUCAAUCUCAUCAACUGACAGUGGACAUAGCGAAGCGAUAAGUUAUUGUGAUGGAGGAAAUGUUUAUCAUUUAACAUCGUCAAUUCUUCACAAUGUUCCAGCAUUUGUUCCACUUCCACCACGAAGACAUUCUGCUGUUCAACAAGGUUCAAAUAAUUCCACAAAUUUAUAUAAUCAGCAAGUUUUGCAAAAUGCGACAUGUGUGAGUGGAGGAAAGCAAGGAAAUGGUGACAUUACUUCUAUGCCGCCUCCGCCAAAUCCACGAACACGCCCUGUACCUUUCCCAGUUGCUGUUCCUGGGGCAAAUAUUAAUACAAAUGUACCCGGAUACAAUGUUUAUGCUGCUUCACAGCAACAAAAGUUAAAUCAACUUAGACAUGGAGGAAUAAUUCCUUCACCACCACCAAGAAAUUUGCCUCGAUACCAUCCACAAUCACAUAAUUUAGCUGAGAUAGCUCGUCUCCAUCGACUUGGUCGAGCUUAUUCUCAUGAAGGUGUAAUUGAAUCAUCAAUUGGUGACAUUGAAAUUUAUUACCCUGAUGAAGAUGAUGAUGAUGAAACGCAAGUGUCAGCUGUUUAAUCAGCAACAAACAAACGAUCUUUACAGGAGAAUUUUCAUAAAUACAGAAUAUUAGCAUAAAUAAUUAUUAAAGCCACUAUGACAACACAUUCACUAUUAUUUACCUUUCUUUUAUUUACUUUUUUUUGAGUUAGAUUCGAUGAAUCAUUUAAUCUUUGUAAUCUCUCACGCAACAAGAAUCUUCUUUUAAUCCUCAUCUACAUAUUUAUAUAUGUAAUUAUUAAGUUGGUGUCAAUGUUAUUAAUAUUUCUACUAAUAAGUAGCAUUCAGCAUUCACAUAUUUAGAAGAAACUUAAAUCAACUCGGAAAAUUAUAUCACAAAACGAUUUUUCUAAUUGCGCACCAUUCCGAUUUUUGAAAGACAAAUUUUGAAAAUGAAAAAGAAACAUUAUAAAAACAUUUGUGUAAAUGUGUGGAUAGAUUAAUUAAAAGAAAAUUAUCUAAACAACACAUUAAAUGAAUAUUUUAGUAGCACACAAAAUCCUGACAAGUUUUUAAUUGAAUGCAACAAUCUUAAUGAAAAGAUCUGAUUGACUGAAUCAGUCGAAAAGUCAUUUUUUUUAUGACUUCUUAGAUCAUUCUCGAUUACUUGAUAACGUUUUAUAAAAUAUAUGAAGUUAAAUAUAUAUAAUUUCUUUGUCAAAGUAAUUCUAAUUCUCAAAAACAUACCUAGGUAUACAUAAAUAACAAAACAAGAAAAGAAUGGUUUUUAUUUUAUAUACGCUCUUGGAAUUAGAAUAGAGCACAGUAUUAGAUAAGAAAUAAAGUAUCAGUCUAAAUAAGUAUGUAAUGCUAUAUGUUGAAAUUAAGAAUGGGAAAUAUUUUGAAUAAAAUACAAACAUAAUUAUUAAUCCCAC